AUGUUCAUGAACUCUUCAUCUCCACGUGGAUCUUUUAGUGUUCCUGUUAACAUCACCUUACAGGGUGCUAGAAGGCGGCAAACACGGGAGGCGUUCCACCUACCCUCGGAGCAGAAGCCUCAGUGGAGGAAGGACAAGGAUGGAAGGAGCAAUGAGAGAGCCAAAGCCCAGGCCCCGGUCUCCAGUGUGGGGGAGGAGCGGGCCAUCCUCCUGGGUUUCAGCAUGAUGGCCUUCUCCAUUCUCAUGUACUUCGUGGUGGGGAUAGCUGUGGUGAAGCCGUGCAUAAACAGUGACUGGCAAACCGAGUCCAACUGCUCACUGAUUGAGGUGGUUAACACGAACAAGUGGGAGGACUGCAGAGGGAUAAGCAGCUAUCCCUGUCUACAAGCCUGGGUCAACGUCACAAAUUUAUCGACGAGCGUUCGUCUGCGCCACGACGAGGACGCAGUUCAUCUGAGCCCCGAGUGUUUCUACACUCCCAAAUGCCAACAUGACAAGGAGGUUUUGAAGCAAGAGGCGGAGAUUGUCCAACAGAACUUGUCGAUGUUACUCGGGCACACACUGAAAUGUUACAUCAGCCCCGAGAGGCACCCAAAAGAUGCCAUAUUGCUGAAGAAGUGCGAGAAGUGGCAGGCUGUGUACCACCUGCUUUGGCCCAGUCUGAUGCUGGUUGGAGGGGUUCUUCUUGUGGGCCUUGUGAAGUUCACCCAGCAUCUUGCCCACCUAUGUUCUGAGCUGGACAGAGAGGGCAGAGACAACAAGCACACAGCCAUGGUGAACGGUAGGCUUUACCGGCUCCUCAGGUGGAGGGCAGGAAGUCCAACCACACAGCACGACUCUGCCAACUGA